AUGGAUUCCCCGAGGGAGAACCUAAGCCUCCCUGGCGUGUGGGUCUCACUGUACUUUGGAUUCUUGGCGCUGUGCUCUGUGAUAACUGGCGGGUGCAUUCUCUUCCUGCACUGGAAGAAGAACUUGAGACGAGAAGAGCAUGCCCAGAAGUGGGUGAAUGUGAUGAAGACUGCUGCUUUCACCUACAGUCCAUUGUUGUAUUGGAUUAACAAACGACGGCAGUACGGAAUGAAUGUAGCCAUCAACGUGGGCCCUCCACCCACUAUUACAAAGACCAAGACUGAGGCUCAGAAUCCAGAUCCUCUGUGGGAUGUGGAUGUCCCUGAAGGAAGCAACCAUUCUGUCCAAGACACUAGCCCCAAAAUGGAGGCCCCUGUGACCCUGCAACCUCCUCUGCAGCUGGUGCCACAAGAAUCCCUGUCCAUCCCAGUGUCGCAGCCUCAGGCCAGCUCCCCACUGUUGGUUCCCGUCUUUGACGAGGUGCCCUUAGCCCUGUCCCUUUGCAACCUACCUCCCAUGCUGAAUCAUUCUGUCUCCUAUCCUUUCUGUCCUGAGAGGAACAUGGACUUCCAUUCCCUCCCCAAACUGGCCAAUGGUGACCACAGCACCAAUACCAAGCCUUUUGCUUCAGAAUUAUAA